CACUGCUGGGUUAAGGAUAAACGGGUGUGUCAAGCAGGAAUUUUCACGUGUAAGAAAUAACAGACUGGGAAAGUAGAUCAGUGUAACGACGUCUGCGAAGACUGCUUCAUAUUCAUAUUCACAGAACAGAAGUUCGUUUUCGUCUAAGAUUUUAACAGAGUAGAUGAAACAAAGUACUGUGCCAGCCUUUGUCAGUAAACUUUGGGCACUUGUAGAAGCCCCUUCAACAAAUGACCUUAUUUGCUGGAGCCUAGACUGCUGUAGUUUUCUGGUCCAAGAUGAGCAACAGUUCAGCAAGGAGGUCCUUCCCCUUUAUUUCAAACACAGCAACAUGACCAGUUUUGUGCGCCAGCUCAACAUGUAUGGCUUUCACAAGGUGGUGCAUGUGGAUGCUGGUUUGGCCAAAUCUGAUAGGCAGAUUGAUCACGUUGAGUUUCAACACGAAAACAUCCGGAAUGGUCAGCCUCUGUUGGGCCUCAUCCGCAGGAAGGUUUCAGUUAGCAGAGCAAGUGAAGAUGGAGGGCAGGUGUCACAGGUACUCGUUCAGAUUAGUCGCUGGCAAGACUCCUCAGACCUCAAACUCAUGGCUUUGUGCAAAGAUAAUGAAUGCUUGUGCAGAGAGCUGGACUCUUUAAGACAGAAAUAUCAACAGCAGCACAAAAUAAUACGCAAGAUAAUCAAGUACAUCAGCAACAGUGUUCAGACAAAUAGGAUCAAAGGUUGCAAACGGAGACUCCCCAUGAUCGACAAGCCCGGGGAGUUUCAGUCUGCACCAAAAUACAGUCGUUCAUUCAGCGUGAAUUCCACACAUAGCACUUCCUCCCUCCAUGAGAUCCCUUCUUUGCAAGAGUUGGACGUGUCACCUGCUGAUGUAUACACAAAUGGAAGGGUUAUCUCUGACAUCACCUGUCUGCUGGAUUCCACACCUGAGCCGCACAAAGAAACGAUACUAGAACCUCCCACCACUCUCUCCACAUUUCUAUCAUCUGACUCCUCUGCCCUCCAUGGAUCUAGCUUUGUCUUUUCUGGAUGAACUUGAUGUCAAGCAACCUGAGGACAUACUGUUGGAGAGUUUAGCAGCGAUAAGCCCCUGCUCUCCACUUUCCCCCGACCUGGACAAUUUCAGCAAGCUCCUUAGUCCUGGAUGCCACAUCUUUGCAGUUACAGACUCAGAAACAGAAAUGGAGAAGAAACAACAAGCCCAGAGUGAAGCCGACACGCUGCCAUAUGCUGACACAGUGACAUGGCAGAGGCCCCUGCAACAAGACUGGAACAGAUUGGAACAGGAGCUGUGUGAUGGUGGAGAGUGUUCUGAUAUCUUACCGUCCCGUUUAUUAGGGUCUUCAUGAAAUGUCUGGAACAUAUUUUGCUUAAAAACACUCAAUGGCUGUGUAAACAAAACCCUUUUUGCCUUGUCAAAAACAGCUAUGCUCACAGCAACCCGUUUUGGUGCAUGUCUCUUUAAAUAAUAAUGAGUUACAGCGAACCCCACCUCCCCUUCUGUCAGGCGUGUCAACACAACACAUGUGUAGUACUGCCAUGGCAAUGGUUUAGCUAAAUUAUGUUUCCUGAACUCCUCUGCGGUUAGUUUCGUUUUAAACGUCUCAAAUAAUUUGUCCGGAGACGAAAAAAUCCGUCACAGCAAACAGCGCUUCCUAAUGCGCUCACGUUGUGCGUGUAUGCUUGCCUAAAAUCCACUGAAUGCGCACCUGUAGAUCUCAGUGGAAUUACGUGGAUUUUAGCGCUUGUCGUUGACAAGUUAUAACUUUACACACACAACGUGAGAGCAUAACUAUGCUGUGACAGAUUUUUCAGCCUAAGGACGAAUGAUUCGAGACGUUUAAAACGAAACUAACCGCAGUGUUCGCCCCUGUUCAUUAGCAAAACAAUAGUGACAGCUUGCCGCAGCUGAACAUAUUAACGCACAUAAUGUAACAUACAUACAGUUAAACUCCAAGUGCCCAUUUGCCAAAUAACAUAUAAAUAUAGAGUAAGUUUAACACUGGCUUUGAAUGUUCUAUUUAGCCCGUGACUGACUUGGCUCCCUUCGCUAUCAUAUGCUAACUUUAUCUUCCUAUAUAUAAGGUACAUGUAUGUCAAUUCAGACUGUUGAUAAAUAUUACUUACAUCGGCAGCUUUGUCUCGUUCAAGUUGGUCUCGAUCCCUCUUGAGGAACAACUUUGAAGCUAAUCCUGCGUGUAGUGUCCCAGGUUGAUAAAGCACUCCAGCUUGAAGUGAUUCGCGCAAACAAGCAGGUUUUUACUUAUGGUUUCUGAGGGAUUUCCACUAAAAAUAAAAUAAAUCCACUCCUGUCUCUUCCGAGGUAUAGGACUCUGUGACAACAAUGGCGGCAGCGCCGUGGGUGGAAUUGUGUAGAUUAAGGGGCGGUAAAAUUAUAAUAAUAUCCUGCUUUUACGUCACAACAGGAGCGAAAUCUGAACGACUUGAUUUCUCACAUGCUUGCAGGGAAAGGCUCAUCAAAACAAACUUACUGGGAUCUUGCUUUUCACGUUUUAUGGGUUGCGAGAUGCACCGGGGACCCGAUUAUAGCACUUAAACACAGACAAAUGAGGAUUUUCAUCCGAUGACUCCUUUAACCAUUUGCAUGGAGAGUGGGGCAUUCACAUAAACACUGGAGUUAGAGCAUACAAGUAUUUGACCCUCAUAAUUAAAUAAUAAAUGUGGGGGGAAACGACAAAAAAGGUCCACUUUUUAAGAAAAAGAACCACCUCUUCCACAAGGCUUGCUACGGUCCUGCUGAGGAGGUUUUCCAUACUACUUGGUGAUUUGUAAAAUGGACUUCAGCUGAAGAGUUGAUCUGUAAUGACUGUGAUACUGUCUAAGCAUGCUGGAACGGUCCAGUUCAGAACCAAAUGUUCUGCUAAAUUAUGAUGGAAUUCUGGUAAAAACACACUUGUCUGCAUUGGUGUGAGAGUUGCGUUUGUUUUGCAGCACAUUUGCUGCACACUUCUUAACCUGAUACUGAGCAUUUGUUAAAAAAAUUUGGCACACAGUUUCCAAAAAAGCUUGUGUUGUUUGGGUGCAUGACAACUUAUUAAUGCAACAAUAUACAUAGAUUAAGAGCAAAUCAUAAAAAUGCGAACUACCUGUAAUGCAGUGUGAAAUGCAAUCACCAUCAAAUUAUAAUGUGAGAUUUUUUUGUGUUGUUGCACUUUAUUUAAAUGUGGUUUUUAUAACAGGAAACCCGUCACAUGCAUCCGCACACAGAGCGCACACAGAUCGACGAACAGGAAAAGAUCAAUGCAGACAGAAAAACAGUCGAGAUAUGUGACUUUCUUUCAUGU